AACAACUGCGCUAGGGGGCGUGGCUAGAACUAGGGGGCGGAGCUAGGCAAAGAUUGCCCUAUGGGGCGGGGAAACAAGACCGGGCUGAGAGUUGGGGAUAGGGUUCCCCUUUGGGGGCGGGGCUUAUGGAUUCCUGCUUUCCCGCCGACGGUUGGCCACGUCACGUGACAUGGGUUGGAAGAUGGCGUCUCCCAUAGACGGGACGGAUCUGGAAGCAUCUUUGCUAAGUUUUGAAAAACUUGACCGUGCCUCACCAGACCUUUGGCCUGAACAGUUACCAGGUGUUGCUGAAUUUGCAGCUUCCUUCAAAAGUCCAAUUACUAGCUCUCCACCCAAAUGGAUGGCUGAAAUAGAACGUGAUGAUAUUGACAUGUUGAAAGAACUGGGCAGUCUCACCACGGCUAAUUUGAUGGAGAAGGUACGAGGCCUACAGAACCUGGCCUAUCAGCUGGGUCUGGAUGAGUCCAGAGAGAUGACACGGGGGAAGUUCCUCAACAUUCUAGAGAAACCCAAGAAGUAGCAGCCGCUUGUGGACGGGAUGUCCUGGGAACUGUAACCAUGCUCCCUUCCCGGUGCAGCUCUGACCACGCACACCUCACUGCUUCCUCGGGAGAGGCUGGGGGGUGUACCUCCAGGACCGACCCCCUCCCCGCUCCUGGCACUCUGCGCCUCUGAGGACUUUGGGCAGCAAGAGAAGAAUCUGCUCUACCCAAGGAUCAUUGCAAUUAUUCAAUCAGCUUCCAGACUGGCGUUCUUAACCUUGGAUGUGGCUAACACCAGAGGGUGUAUCCUUCUUAAGGGUUAAAGUCCUGCUUCUUCAUUUCCAGAAGUGAUUCAGGAGUCCCAGUAUCUCACAGUUGAUUUGAUUAAGUAAUGGCAAAGCCAAUUGUGAUAUGUUGAUUGGAUGGGUUCUUUUGAGUUGUACUUGACCUGUUAGGAAGUGUUUAUGAUGCAAGGAAACCAGAUACCAACCAGAUUCUGGACCAGUCCAUGCAGCCUGACCUGUGAACUCUCCAGUAUCUACUAGGUUCCAAGAAUCCCCAGCUGGAGAAACCAGAGUCUUCUCAAAAUAUGCAGCUGCUUUUUCAAUUCUACACUUCUCAUGAUAGUCCCAUCCCCCAAUGCAUUCUUCACUUCCCAGCUCCUGCCAUCGAUUCUGACUCCAGGGAGGGGAAUCCCGGAGUAGGGAGUCCCUCCUGGGAUUAGCUUGUAUAGUGAAAGCCUCAUGGAAAGUUACACUGGGUUCUAGACCUCAAGGCCAAUAUGAAGGUAGCAGAAAGGACUUUUGAGUUCUGGAUAAUGUGUUACAGAUUGAAGCCAGAAAUCUGGCCCGAAAGAUAGAAAAGGGUGCUGACUGAUUUGUAGGAACCCAUUUGGUUAGAAACUAGAAAGCCGAAUAGACCUUAAAGAAAUGUGCUGUGGGAUGGUGGCAAUGUUUUGUCCCCCUCGUCCCCUCAUGCAGCACAUUUCAGAUACUUCACCUGUCUGACAGAAAUACACACAGACGAGAGAGAGAAUUUCCUGACUUAAAUACAGCUCAUAUGAAGCUCUUCGCCAGUUACCUGCCCCCCGUGUUAAAAUCUGAAAAUCUGGUCUGUGGGCAAAGUCAGUUACACGUGUUCUCCCCAUUUUGUCUUAUAAGCCAGCCCCAGCCUCUGAUGUUUUAGAAGUACACAGGGUUUCUGACACUUUAUGAAAAGACAUCCAUGUGGCAGUAGUCCGAUGGUGUUUGGACACAAGUUUUUGGUCCUGAGUGUCUGCUAGGGUGUAGCACGCUCCACUUCACUGUCGGGGCCAUCAAAACUUGUGCCUUGUUUCCCAUUCUAGAAUUAGUGUUGAGUUUUUGUCUUAUUUGUGCCAUUUGAGUAUCUGUGCAAUUUUACUUAUUGAAAAGGAAAAACAAAACAAAACUAAACAUGAGACACAAAGGAUAAGGAAGGAGGAAUACGUUCAGCCUGGUGCUACGUAGAAGUUUAGGUUGUGAAGGCUUUGAUUUUAAGUUAAGCUUAUUGACAUUCCUUUAUCUCACUAAAUGCGGUUGAAGUGUGUGU